UUCAUUGCCGGGGUGUUUUGUUCCAAGGAGUACAGAUAAACAGUCUUGUCAAAAGGCGCGGCGCACGGCGGUGCGCCCGGGGCUUGGACUCGGACGCCAACUUCUGGUCCGCGCUCUCCCGGGUCAGCGGCAGGACGCGCUUGCUUCCACCGCCCGUCUCCCUCUCGCGCCCCGGGGGCCCAGGUCUCUAGUUCUCCUCGGAGUUCUCCUUGGCCGCCGCCUCCGCCGGCGAGCGGAAGGCGGAGACGUGAGACUGGCCAGGGGGAAGGAAGGCGGGCGCGCGUGGGCGCGGGGCACGACGCGAUGUCCACGGGCUCCGUGAGCGACCCGGAGGAGAUGGAGCUGCGGGGGCUGCCGCGGGAGUACCCGGUCCCCGCCUCCACAAGGCCGCCCCUCCGCGGCGCUGAGCGCAGCUACGCCUUGCCCAGUGACAACUCGUCUGCGGAGGAGGAGGACCCCGACGGCGAGGAGGAGCGGUGCGCUCUGGGCGCUGCCGGCGGCGCUGGAGCUUGCCAGAGGAAGCGGCCCCGUGUGGCUGGGGUCGGCGGCGCAGGUGGCGGCGCGGGUGGCGGCGGCAAGAAGCCCCUCCCGUCCAAGGGCUCGGCCGCAGAGUGCAAGCAGUCGCAGCGGAACGCGGCCAACGCCCGCGAGCGCGCCCGGAUGCGCGUGCUGAGCAAAGCCUUCUCCAGACUCAAGACCAGCCUGCCCUGGGUGCCCCCCGACACCAAGCUCUCCAAGCUGGACACGCUCCGGCUGGCUUCCAGUUACAUCGCGCACCUGCGGCAGCUGUUGCAGGAGGACCGCUACGAGAACGGCUACGUGCACCCAGUGAACCUGACAUGGCCAUUCGUGGUCUCUGGACGACCCGAUUCUGACGCCAAAGAAGUUUCAGCCGCCAACAGACUAUGUGGAACCACCGCUUAAACCAGACGCGCACUCCCUUGAUGGGAUUAUUCUUUAAACGCACGUGAUAGGGGGCCCGCGGAAAGAAGAGAGAGGGCAGGAGAUGGGAAGACGGUUCCUCGGAUUUUCCCUGACCCUUCCCCUUUUCCUGGACCUGUGGACGCGACAGGUGGCAGACGUGGCUCUCUGUCAUCGAGAGCGCCUACGGCUACAGCUGCCGCGGACCUAGGCGGCCACCCUUGGCCUCUCCAGAAAGAGCCUCCUUUCUCGUCGAGAACGCGGAUCCAGAUCCAAUCUCGGGCUUGAAUAGUAGACCAACCCUCGGCCGCCGUCCGAGCCCAGCGACAAACCGCCC